AUGGACUGGCCGCACAACCUGCUGUUCCUUCUCACCCUCUCCAUCUUCCUGGGGCUGGGCCAGCCCAGGAACCCCAAAGGCAAGAGGAAGGGGCCAGGGCGGCCUGGCACCCUGGCUCCAGGGCCUCACCAGGUGCCGCUGGACCUGGUGUCCCAGACGAAGCCGUACGCCCGCAUGGAGGAGUAUGAGAGGAAUCUCGGGGAGAUGGUGGCCCAGCUGAGGAACAGCUCCGAGCCGGCCAAGAGGAAGUGUGAGGUCAACCUGCAGCUGUGGCUGUCCAACAAGAGGAGCCUGUCACCCUGGGGCUACAGCAUCAACCAUGACCCGAGCCGCAUUCCUGUGGACCUGCCGGAGGCGCAGUGCCUGUGUCUGGGCUGCGUGAACCCCUUCACCAUGCAGGAGGACCGCAGCAUGGUGAGCGUGCCCGUGUUCAGCCAGGUGCCUGUGCGCCGUCGCCUCUGCCCGCUGCCACCACGCACCGGGCCCUGCCGCCAGCGCGCCGUCAUGGAGACCAUUGCGGUGGGCUGCACCUGCAUCUUCUGA